AAUGGAUGGAUCUCUGCUCUGCAAGUAACUCUUUUUGGUCGAUCAGAAAUACGAGUAGUCAACCCCUUGGUGAAUUUCUGCAUUUGAUAAUCCUGAUCAACCCGAAUAAGCAAGAGGAUUGACGUCCUAUGAUAUGAGCACCUCACAAGGGUAUAUGGUAAGGAUCCGCUCACCUACGGAUAAUUAGACCAUCGAGAUGCUCUCUACUUUGCGUGACCACUAUGUGAUACCCGUGAAGGUCGUACACACAGGUAUCCUUGCCCUUCUGCUUUCGCUGCUCGUCAAUACCAUAGGCACGGUCGUGAACACAUCGUACAAACACGGAUUCGCAAUCAAGACCGCAAACGUCAACGACGAACCAGUCAGAGUGCCUAUCGAUAUUGGUGACGUCGCACUCGAAGUCGUCGACUCUGAUCGAUAUGGUAUGGAGGAUGACAACGACUGGGCAUCCGUUAUUCCCUUCGGCCAUGGCUUCGUGCGCCUUGGCGAAGAUGACGACCAGGCAUACUAUGCUAUCUCGAUGUACCACCAGAUGCAUUGUUUGAACAGUUUCAGGAAGAUGUUCAAUGGGCAUCGCAAUGCAUCUCGCGCCGAGCACGACGGGGCUCACGCUCUCCAUUGCCUCACCUACCUCCGUCAAAUGGUGCUCUGUGCGGCGGACAUCUCGCUUGAGCCUGCUUUCUCGACCCGUAACGUCGAUGGUAGGCUCACACAAGCCGCGUAUGGUACUGGAGUUACGCAUCAGUGUCAGGACUGGGUGCAAGUUCGGAAGUAUGCUGAAGAGAACUACCUGACUUGGAAAGACGAGGAUCAUUAUGCAGUGACAGAGAUUAGUGCCAUCGAGGACUAAAGUCAAAUUGAACAUGUUGAUUGUUGUAGUAUCUGAUUCGGAAUUUCGUAACAUUUUCUGUAAGUUGUAGCAUGAAAUACUUAUCGGUUAGAAAAGGC